AUGGGGUCCGGCGAGGGCUUGGUGCCCGUGAAGAAGUUGAUCACGGCCUGCACGAUCAUGAGAAACGAUGCCUACCACGGCGAGGACGGCCCCCAGAAUGGGCAUUGCCACGGCCAUGGUCUCGAUCACGGCCCAGAGCCCAAUCUCGGACCCGACCUCGAUGACAUCCAGCACCACCGUCACUCCCUGGACGACGACGUUGAGCGCAUUAGGCCCUUGCCAGGAUCGGAGAACGAGUUCCAGUCAUUGGCCAUGGAGAACAACAUGGUCACGAUCAGGCCAAUCCCCAGGAAUGGCACAACCGCGCAGCAAAUUCCCCGACCACUUGAACCGCUUCGCCGCCUCUUCGUAGCCGGGGGUACCUCUUUGGCGAUGGCAUCGAUGUCUUCGUUCCAGGCUUCCUCGCUCUCGCUCGUUGUGGAGACUCCAUCGGACGAAGUCCCAUCUGGGAUCAAGACCCGAUAA